AUGGUAGAAAUGAAACAACAUCCUUUGAAUAAGAUGAAGCUUUUAAUGGGUAGUAAUGGUAAUGGUCCUCCUCAUAUGAUGAUGGGUGGUGGAAAUCAUCCACAACUUAUGAAUGCUCCAAAGGGUGGUGGUGGCGGCGACGGUGGAAAUCAUCCACAACUUAUGAAUGGUAUGAAUGGUGGUGAUGGUGGUGGAGGUGGAAAUGGUGGAGUUAUUGGGAAGAAAGGUGGCGGCGAUGGUGGACCUAUGCCUGUUCAAGUUCAUGGUAUAGAUGGUGGAAAUGAUGGUAAAAAUGGAGGAAAGAAAGGUGGUGGCGGCGGUGGUGGUGGUGGAGGGAAUAAUCCAAAUCAAGGUGGAGGUAACAAAAACAACGGUGGUGGUACAAAUGGAGGCAGAAUGCCAGAGGGUAAAAAUGGAAACAAGAAUGUUGGUGGAAGAGGUGGAGGUGGUGGUGGUAAUGGUGGAAUUCCAGAUAGUAAUAGGGUAAAAAGGUAA